AGAAACCUCUUGACUGCCGAGCAAAUCGCACGAGGUUUCGAGCACGCGGCGCUAGAGCACAUUGUUAUAUAGAGCAGGUAGAGAUUUCAAGAUGACAUCAAUGGAGAAGCUGUUGUUUUCUCUUCCUGUAUUCCUAGCACUCCUGGCGUGUGGUACGACUGAAACCCCAAGAAUAGUCUGUUACUUCAGCAAUUGGGCUAUCUACCGUCCGGACGUAGGCAGCUAUGGCAUCGAUGAUAUUCCCGCGGAUAUGUGCACGCACAUUAUCUACUCUUUUAUCGGCGUGAGCAAUGUCACCUGGGAGGUGCUUAUCCUCGAUGACGAGCUUGAUGUCCAGCAAGGCGGCUUCGACAAGUUCGUCGCCCUGAAGAAGAAAUAUCCGCACCUACAGACUGAAGUAGCCAUCGGAGGAUGGGGCGAGGGUGGCAAAAAGUAUAGCGCGAUGGUCAGCGUGAAAGCCAGACGUGAUUCACUCAUUAGAAGCAUCGUCGCUUUCAUGAAUCAAUAUGGCUUCGACGGCUUUGAUCUCGAUUGGGAAUAUCCGGCCGCUACUGACAGAGGCGGAUCCUUCAGCGACAAGAACAACUUCUUCUAUUUCGUCGAGGAGCUGAGGACCGCGUUCGAUAAGGAGGGCAAGGGCUGGGAGAUCACUAUGGCAGUGCCGAUGGCCACAUUCCGUCUCAACGAGGGAUACCACGUGCCGGACUUGUGCGAACUCAUCGAUGCCAUUCACGUGAUGUCGUACGACCUACGUGGCAACUGGGCCGGAUUUGCCGAUGUUCACAGUCCGCUCUACAGGAGACCUCACGAUCAGUAUGCCUACGAGAAGUUGAACGUGCACGACGGUCUUCAGCUUUGGGAAGACAAGGGAUGUCCUGCCAACAAAUUGGUCGUAGGAAUCCCAUUAUACGGGCGUACUUUCACUCUCAGUCAAGGCAACAGCAACUACAACCCCGGAACUUAUAUCAAUAAGGAAGCCGGUGGUGGUGAUGCUGGCAAGUAUACCGGGGCUAAAGGAUUCUUGGCUUACUACGAGAUUUGUAUGGAACUGGUAAAACCGAACAACGGCGGAUGGACCAAGAAGUACGACGACAUAGGCCUAGUACCCUACACGUAUAAGGGCACCCAAUGGGUUGGCUACGAGGAUGCUGACAGUAUCGCUCACAAGAUAAAGUUCAUCAAGGAGAAAAAAUAUCUGGGUGCUAUGGUCUGGGCAGUCGACAUGGACGAUUUCAGGGGACUCUGCGGUCCCGUGAACCCUCUCAUGACUGCUAUUUACAAUGGUCUGAAAGGCUACACCGUGACGUCCAAGGAUUAUCAGACGACACCGCGGCCCGAAUGGGACAGGCCACCCAGCACCCCGGCUUCAACAGGUGAAGAUAAAGAGAAACCAGCACCCACCACGAAACCUGAAUGGUCUACCACUCAGACACCUCUGCCCCCGACGCAUACUACCUCGAAGCCAGUUGAUGACAACGAAGUCGUCUGCAACGGUCAGAUGUUCAUUCCCAGUAAAGACUGCAGAAUGUAUUACAUGUGCAACCACGGCAAACCGAUCAAGGAAUGGUGUCCUCCCGGUUUGAUCUUCCAAACCGUCAAGCUGUUUUGCGAUUGGCCAGUAAAUGCCGAUCGUGAAGAAUGCAAACAUAUUUGAUUUGUUGGUGACCCGAUUCUGUGACUUACAUUGUUCAGCGUUUCGCGAAUCUCUCAGAUCCACGAAAAAGUAUAUGAUAACUUUGUAUCAUAUAUCAUGUUAUUUUAUUAUAUUAUUCGUUGUCGCAUACAAGAUUAUGUGCAAAACUUAAAACUAUAUUGCUGCAAGACUCAAUAAGACAGAUAAUUUCAGGAAAAACUAAAAGUUCAGGAAAUUUAAUGCAGUUGUUAAAUAUAGAUUCUCGUUAAUAAAAUUAUAUUAAAUAUAAUUUGUUCUCAGUUAUUAAAUAUAAUUUUUCGUGUACUUUUACGAAUCAUUUGCAACGUAAUUUAUUUAUUUGAUGGAGAGAGAUUUAUCACUUCUCUAUUAAAAUCGUGUAUCGCGCGAUGCAGGUCCGUUCCUUCCUUUCCGCCGUUAUUGGCAGCAAAGUAUGGAAAAAAAUUAGAAACGUGAGUUGACGUUAACAAUGUGUGACGGUUGGUGCAAAAAAUAUGCUCUCGAAUAUGAAGUCAAGAGUGGUGAAAAAGCAAACAGACUUCCCGUUCGUAAUUUGCCCCUGCCUUCUCCAUUCUCGCGAUCCUUCGCGUGAAUGAAUACGUAAAUUUUUAGCGGAAAAAUCGUGUUCUCGUUGAGCUCGACACCCCAGAGUCCAAAGAUCCCGAGCCUUGAUUGACACCUGAAUGUUCUCGUAUGCAUAUAGAGCCACCCUCUGCCGCGCGAUCUCUCUCUCUCUCUCUCUCUCUCUCUCUCCUGCUCUUUCAUCCUUCAAUCUCGUCCAUUCCCUCCUUCUAUUUCGCAUUCUGUUACGUCGCUUUUAUCCGGAAGCGGAACUUGGUAGCUGUUAUAAUUUAACGAGCACGUUUCUUUCUCCAGUUACCGCGACAUUUGCAAGAAUGCACACCGUCAGAGCCCGCGUUUCUUUCUUCCUCCUCUCGUAUUCUGUGUAAGGCGGUUCCUUCUCAUUUCGUGACACAAUCAUCGCGCUUUUUUUUCUUUUUUUUAUUUUUUUGAUCGCGUCACGGUAGAAACGAAGAUAAAAAAAAGUGAGAAAGUCGAUCGUGCAAACGAAUCGAUGAUGCGUUCACGUGUCGGAGGGUGAGUAGCGCAACGGUCUAAAAAUUAGAAUAGCACCCUCUAGACCACGGUUCAACCGAUACUCAAUGAUCAACGAUUAUUUUGGUCCUCACGAUUAUCUCGUUUCCAGUUCUUUUAAUAUCCUUUCAUAAUUUAAUGUUAUCUUGCUAUUUAAUGCGAUAAAAUUGAUUAAACUAUUCGAGAAAGGGAAGAGAUACGCGCGUGCCGAGAUACAACAUCAUCCGAAUGACAUAUAAAUAAUGCAUUGUUCGUGUUUCGGGGUUGGCGACCCCGCGUUUGCUUUUUGCGGCUUGGGGUACGAGGAGGGGCACGAGGGGGCUACGGCUGAUGGGCCACGGAGCCCACUCUUAUAACUCCAUCGACAAUUUUUCGGUUACCCUCUUCACAAUUUUCGACCAGUUCCACACACAUGUGUAUCGCACGCUCGUAUACGUUCUCGUUUGAUUUAUCUUCUCACGUGGAGAAGUGAUAUUCGGCAUUUUUCCGGCAAAUAAUUCCGACAUAUUGUAGCACCUAUUGUAGCGCAUGUAUCAACAAGUCCAUCGGUUAUUGGCGAGCCACUUAAAUGUACCCGUUUGCCGCACAUUUUAUCAAGUUGGCGUAAUGUGAUUUCUAAAAUGUAUUGUUGUAAAAAGUGUAGUGUAUACGUACAACACUCUGUAUAUUUUACAAUGUGCAAUAUCCUACUAUAUUAUAAAUAAAUAUUUCGCUUAU